UAUCGGUCAUUAAAAUUUAGUGAAGGAGGUCUGGCUAUCGGGUUCCGCAUUCAGCCGCCCGUAUGAAUUUUUCAACAUCUCAUUACAUCUACUGGCACCUGCGCCGAGGUCUGGCGGCCGUGCGGCCCCGGCCAUCCUCUGUGUUGUCCUUUUCCCAGCGUUGUAUGCCAUUGUAUCUGAGGCGUGACAAAACGCAAAUCAACAAUAACAAGAAUGCGUCUCGAGGCGGCUGUGUUGCUGCUUCAUUUACUGCUGCUAGUUGACAAGGCCGACUGUAAAAAAGGUGUCAAAUGUGGGGGGAUCCUCUCUGCCUCAUCGGGCAACAUAUCAAGCCCAAACUUCCCGGGUCUCUACCCCUACAACAUCGACUGCAUGUGGCUGAUCGUGGUGGCGGAGGGAUCCUCGGUCCUCCUCACCUUCCACCACUUUGAGCUUGAGUUCCACGGCCACUGUGCCUACGACUACAUCAGGAUCUACAACGGAGUGUCCGAGGACGAGGGGAACCUACUGGGCACGUUCUGCGGUGACAUCUCCCCGCCCCAGUUCACCUCCUCCUGGAACGUCAUGUCCAUUAUCUUCCACUCGGACCGCCACGUGGCCCACCGGGGAUUCGCCGUGGGCUACAGGAAAGACACGUGUGGAGGGGUGCUAACAGGCCUGUCUGGCAUUAUCUCCAGCCCCGGCUACCCUCGGGAAUACAGCAACAGUGCAGACUGCUCCUGGACCAUCCACGUGUCCAACAGCACCGUGGUCAGCCUGGUCUUCCUCGACUUCCAGCUGGAGAACAACGAAGGCUGCAACUUUGACUUUGUGGCCCUGUUUGACGGCCCCACGGUCUCCCAUCGCCACCUGGGGAACUUCUGCGGUGGGGAUCCGCCCCCCAACACGGUGACCACGUCCAACCAGCUGCUAGUCGUCUUUAAGUCCGACUUCAACAUCGGGGGACGAGGGUUUAAGGCGUACUAUUACUCAGGUGAGUGCCAGCAGGUUCUGUCAGCCUUAAGUGGGAACUUCAGCAGCCCACACUUCCCCGGCAUCUACCCAAACAACAUCAACUGUCACUGGACCGUCACACUGGCAGCGGGGUACCGUAUCAAACUGUUCUUCCCACUUGUGGAGCUCGAGGACAGAAACAGCCUCACGGACGAAUGCGACUAUGACUCGGUGGCGGUCUACGACGGCGACAGCCAGCUGGCCCCCCUGCUGGGGCGCUGGUGUGGCGGGGAGCAUCCCCCCUCCGUUACUUCAAAGGCUAACAGGCUGCUGGUGGUGCUGAACACUGACAGGAACGUGGCGCGCAAGGGCUUCUCGGCGGCCUACGUUGGGGUUGUUCCGGUAAACAUCAGCUGCACCAGAUCGGAAUUCUCUAUCUUGAUAGCGGUGCAGUCGCUGCCACAGCUGGGUCGUGAAAGCAUAUACCUGGGGAACCCGCCCUGCACAGCCCUGUUGACGGCCACGUCCUACAAGAUAUUAGCCCGCUUCGAAAACUGUGGUACAGCUGGUCAGAAACGUCAGAACAUCACCAUGCUGGUGAAUACCCUCUACAUCGACUUCUCAGACGGAAAGCAGAACAACCUGCAGGAGUACGAGGUGCUGUGCGACGCGCAGCGCAAAAAGGCCACCGUGACCCACAUCUCGACGGAGGAACGCAACCGUCUCAACGAGGUGGCUCGCCAAGCGGAGAACUCUGUCAGCGUAGACGGAGGCGUGGUGUCGGUGGAGCCUCAUGAUCCCAGUGACAUCGUCUUCAUCAGUAUCUGCGUACUGGCUGUCAUUCUCAUGGUGAUAGCCGUUAUCUGGCUCGUGCUUCUUUAAAAGAAAGUUCCAUCGCUCCAAACUGUGAGAAACAUCUCACGACAGAGGACACCGACUCAAUUUUGGAUCUUUUGUAUAAAAACAUUAAUUUGUUAUGUGCUCCAUGACGCUUAAAAAAGAAGGAAGUAUAUUUCUCCUUUGGUCCAAAACAGAACAGCAAAAUCAAUAGCAUACCUUUGCGACAAUACUUUACAAGCAACAACUAGUAAAAGGCUCAAUGUGUGCCAAAAUACGGAUCUCAUGAAAGAUUUUCUAUUACAAGAAAUAAUGCUUUCAAAAGAGAACAACAAAAAGAUAUCCCCACUUCCUUUCAUCGAGAUCACCAGGGGUCCGUGUCCAGUCCUUUUACCAGGGUCAGAGAGUUACUUCUUAUAGCUGGAAACCAGCUGGGUAACUGAAGUUGUGCUGUCCUUCAGUUGAGCUCGAACCUCAGGCUUGUGUCUGAAGGCAAACACCAGCGCCCUGGCAGUGCGCCUGUAUGAACUGCUGACCAACCGCGAGCUCUGAUGGAAUACUUCUCUCUCGAUGUUGUCGAUAAGGCUGGAAUCCAUCUGUAUAAGACAAAUCAAAAUACAUUGUAAUAUAUAUAUAUAUAUAGGACAAUGUGGCUACACACAGAACAAAUCAUUUUAUUUUUAUUAGAAAGCAUUUUAAUACAAAUACAGGCAUAUAGUACAAUAGUGUUCUAUAAAGCGUUCAUAUUCUCAGAAAAUCUAUGCAACACAAAAUAUUGAAUUGUUCUUGCCAACAGUAGCCUAUAAGUUUCCUUUCUUUCCUAAAUGUGAAUCUGCUGCAAUUAAUCAAUAUCAAUAUGUUAUUGAUGCGUACCCGUAUUCCCAUGUUCUCUACAAUUAACAGCUGCAUUCUUUUGUAAUAAAACCACGAUUAGCACUACUAUGUGAUAUGAAUGCAAUGUCUCCUAAACUCAAUAAUGCAAUGUUAAAUUUCCCAAGAGAUGGUAAGCAAGGAGGGAAAUAAAUCCAGAAGAGGAUUUCUCACCUUCACCUCCAAAGCAUCAGCCAUCAAUCUUCUAGCAUUGGUCCGGAGCGCCUCUGACUGUUUGUCACAAUGGACUUCGAUAGAGGGCUUGUUGGAAUUCUCUUCAAUGAAGGUCCUCCAGUCAGUAUAAACCUGUGUUGCCAAUGCGCUCACCUCUGGGUCGGAGUUCUUUCGCAUUUUGUUGACGGUGUGACCUGACAAGAAGCAGAAUACAAACUGAAUUGUAUUACCAGAUCUUGAGAAAUAAAAUACAUAUUUAAAGUGGCUUUGAUUUUUCUUUUCAUUGAUAAAAUUGUAUUCAUAAUAAUAAUGCAACUGCCAGCCUUCAAAUUAUUUAUGUCAGCAAAAAAUGUUUUCGAU